AUGAGCGCCACCCCUCAGCAUUUGCCCAAGGCCGAAACAGGUGUAGGUGUUCAAAACGGGUCUUCAGCGCCUUUGCCGGAGGCAGACACGACUCUUCCAGGGAUAAUGUGGACGCGGGGUGGUAUUGUGACGCUUGUCGCGGUGGUUUCUUGGAUCACGAUCUCGUACUGCUCGAAUGUGUACUUUGACCGUGACUUGGCGUUUCACAACGCUCUCGAAUGCUCGGAGCAGGUACUCAAGCGGCACGCGAUGAGCAACUGGCUGCUGAACGGCACGCUGCUCGGUUCCACCAGGCUUGGUCGUCUUGUGCUGUGGGAUGCAGAUCUUGACGUUGGGGUCUUGGUACCAUCUCCAGGCGCUUUCGACAUUGUUUCUGCUGCACUGGAGAAGGAGUGCUUUGGUCACCGGUCCAUUGUGAAGAAGGGUGCUCGCAACCCUGAAUUACGAGUCUGGCGCAAGUGCACAAACCGCAUCUGCGCCGAGUUUCACGAGACGACGCUGGUGAACGGCAUAGCCAAGACCGGUGAAGGGCAAUCGAGGGAGUUCGAGCUGUUUCCGUUGAAGUCGUGCACUGUUUCAGGCGUUGAUGCAAAGUGCCCUAACAACACAGCGUUUUACCUUGCGCAGGCGUACGGACAAGACUGGCUGACAGUCCCCCUUAUCAAGCUGUUCUAA